AUUUCAGAAAGUGGAACAAGUGAAGUUUUGCUUUGAAAUUCUUAAGUGAUGAAUCAAUCAGCACAGGUUUCAUAUUAAAAUUCAAACAUAUUCAAUGUGCUAUCAUAAUAAACAAAGAGAACCAAAUAUUCACAUUUAAGAAGCUGAAGCUUGAGCGGUUUUGCCGUUUUUGCUUUAAGAUUAUUUAAUCAAUGGAUUAUUAACAAAUUGCUUAAUGUUCUGUCAAAGACAUUUAAACUCAAACAUAUUCAGUUUACUAUCAUAAAAGACAAAAAACACUAGAAAAUAUUUACAUUUAAAGAGCUGACACCAGUGAUUUCUUUCUUAAAGAUUGAAUAAAACAUGGAUUAUCAACACUGUGGCCAAUUACAUUGACUAAUGGAUUAAUUGAGUAAAUGUUUCAGGGUUACAUUUUGUUCAUUGUUUGCUCAUGGUAUGAAUGCACUUUGAUCUGUCCCUGCUCAAAUGAGAAUGUAUCAACCCAUUUGAACAAGGAAUUUGAUUUUAGGUGAUGUAGCUUUAAUAUUAACCUUCUCAUCCUUGUGUCCUCUUUUCCUAAUUGUGACCUGAUGUAUUUCUCUUCUUUAGGGGGUGGCUGGUGCACAUCACAGUUAAAGAUCGUCCUUCUUGGUGGCAGAAACUCUGGAAAGAGCUCUUUGGGAAACUUACUCCUGGGAAAAGAGGAGUUUGUCACCAAAGAGAGGACCUCCUGCUCCCGGAGGCUGGGCAUGGUGGCGGGACGGUGGCUCACCGUGGUGGACACUCCCGGCUGGUGGUGCGACUUCAGCGCUCAGGACACAUCCGAGCUGGUGAAGAGAGAGAUCAUGAGUAGCGUCUCUCUAUGCUCACCAGGCCCACAUGUAUUUUUGAUCACGGUCAAGGCGAGCUCGGCCUUCUCAGAGAAGCGUCGGCAGGCUGUGGAGGAGCACGUGGCCCUGCUGGGUGAGACGGUGUGGAGUCACUGCAUGGUUGUCUUCACCUCUGCUGACAGGUCCAAACACACAGGAGCAGAGGAGCAUGUACAAACAGAGGGAAAGGCUGUCCGCUGGCUCAGGGAGAAGUGCAGUCAGAGGUGUCACAGUGUUGUCCUGAGCGAUGAUCCUGAAAUCACAGAGCUGCUCGAGAAGAUACAGAAACUUGUCACAGAAAAUGGAAACAGAGUGUUUGAAAUGCAGGAAAACAUUUUACAAGCGACUGCAGAGGAGAAGAGACGAGCGGAGGAGAGAGCUCAGCAGAGGUUUCUGAGGAUGAAAAAACACAGAGCUCUCAUGCAAGAGAGGUUGCGACCCAUUACCAAUAUCAGGAUUGUGUUGGUGGGAGCAAAGGGUUCUGGGAAGACUUCAGCACUGAAUACAAUCCUGGGCAGAGACAGCACCCAGCCACUCAGGAGAACAGCUCAGUGUCAGGUUGGAGAAGGAGUGGUGUUUGGGAGACAGCUGACUGUGGUGGACACUCCAGGCUGGUGGAUGAACUACUUCCGUGAGGAGAGUACCAUCUUUGACCAGAGGGAGCUGGUGGUCAGUUUGUCUUGCUGUCCUCCAGGGCCUCAUGUCUUCCUGCUGGUGAUCCGUGUGGACAGAGCCUUUACAGAAACCUACAGGAGAGCAGCGCAGCAGCACCUCCAGCUGAUCAGUGAGCACAUCUGGGGUCGUGUCAUCGUGCUGUUUGGUUUCGGGGACUGGCUGGGAGGCACGACCACUGAGCAGUACAUAGAGAGCGUGGGAGAGCCUCUGCGGUGGCUCUGUGAAAGAUGCGGCAACAGGUAUCACAUCCUGAACAAUAAAACUAAAGGAGAUGGAUUUCAAGUCAGAGAUCUGAUUGGUAAGAUUGAAGAAAUGUUGACUGGGGGCAACAGUUACCAAUAUUAUGAAAUAGAGAGGAAUGUGAUGGAACAGCUGGAGGUGAAGAUGAGAGGAGAGAAGGAGAGAGCCAAGGAGAGACUGAUGAAGAAGGAGAAACAAAGGCAGAUGGCGAGGUCUCAGCUGGAGAAGCUCAACCCUCUUCCAGAAAUGAGGAUAGUGCUUGUUGGUGGCAGGAGAACAGGCAAAAGCUCAUGUGGAAACACCAUCCUGAGCAGAGAGUGCUUCGACACUGACAGCCAAACCACUUCCUGCACUGAAAAACGAGGCAAAAUCAGCAGCAAGAUGGUUACAGUGCUAGACACACCAGGGUGCUUCUCUGUGACCUCUGACCUCUUCAUGGCUCCUUCAUCCUGUGCUAUCCUUCUAGUUGUUAACAUGAGCUCCUCAUUCAAAGAUACCCACAGGGAAGACUUGGAGAAACAGCUGGAGGCAGGAGGAGGCCAGAUGUGGAGAAGAGCUGUGGUCCUGUUCAGCUACGGCGACUGGCUGGGCGACACGAGCAUCGAGCAGCGCAUCGAGAGUGAAGGCGAGCCGCUGCGGACGCUUGUUGAGAAGUGUGGCAACAGAUAUCAUGUCCUGGACAAUAAACACCGGGGGGAUGGGGCUCAGGUUAAUGAGCUGAUUGAACUGAUGGAGGAGAUGCUGGUUGAAGACAGGCUGGCUCUUCACAGAGGUGACCGUAUGUGGAAGCGUGUCUCUGCAGCACAAGAGCAGGAGCCAGACGCAGCGAUUCUGUGUAAGAAGGAUCUAAAUGUGUCCUGUGACUCGACUGAAUCGGCUUCUUCCACAACACAAACAUCACUACACUGUUGUGGAGGUGCAGGUGCUGAUGGUCAGAUAGUGGCAGCACCAGUAGUAAGAGCAGGAGGACGGACUGCACUCACCACCCUGGACAGAGACAGCUUCGUGUCCAUCUUAUCAUCGAUGCUCUCUGGUGAAAGACGACUGAGGUGGACUGCUGCAGGCCAACAGAGAUUAACAGUAAAUCUGCCCAGCUGGUUCCCUGCUGAUGCUCCUCACAGCAGCCUGACACUGAACGGUGAAAGCCAGGUGCGUCUGUUCUCACCCACACAUCCAAAAAUGCUUUUGAUUUUACCUCCAGCACAAAACAGGAUGCUCACAGAGGAAAAUGUCAUGAAUGUUCAUUCCCUUUGCCAUCCUGCCCUGAGAGAACGGACCCUUAGGAAGCUCACUGAGUCAGGAGGCCUGCAGCAGCUGAUUGACCAGUGGGGGGACAGCAGCCUGGAGGAGCUGGAAGCAUUUAUAGACGCAUACUUUGAGAUGGUGUGGGAACAAACCAUUGGGCCAUUCCAGCCGACUGAGCCCGACUCUCCUGCCACAGAGCAGGACACCGCGGUCUGGGAGGCUGGAGAGGAGGAAGUGCUCUCAUCCAUAGACAGAAAACUCUCAAAGCUGGAGCUCCUUGAGGAGAUCAGGAGCGAUCUGUCUGAGCUGAGGGAGAGUGUGGAGCACAGCUGGAGGAUCAUACAGGAACUCAGAGACAAGAGUGAACAAGACCCCAAUCACACAUGUUGAUACAAGAGAAAUCAAGAAUCAAAGAUGGAGGAAGUAAGAUAGUAUAAAUUGUUAUUUAACUUUACAGUAAGUACAUUUACUCAAGUAUUUUACUUGAAGUAUUUGCAAUCUACUUGAGUAGCCUAUUUUCAUUCUCUGCCGCUUGUUACUUCUAAUCAUCAGGUGCAUAUACUUUUUACUCCACUUCAUUUAUUUGAUAACUGUAGUUUUCUCGCAGAUUCGCAUUAACACUGCAAAAUAGCAUGAUUUAUGAUAUAUUUUAUAGGUUAAUAAAAUAAGAUAAAACCUCAUUGAACCCUGGUGAGAAAUUCACAAUGUAGUUAAAACAAGCCCCACACACUGCCAGCUGCAACAUUAAAAUGAUAUACACAUCAAUACAUCAUUUAACAGUAAUAUAACAUACAUUAUUAUGAUUAUACUCUUGUACCUUUUGAAUGCAGGGUUCUUACUUGUAACAGAAUAUUUCUGCACUGUGGUUACAUUAGUAAAAAAGUCUCAGAACCUCUGUGUAGUUUUGUUAUGAUAUUUCUCCACAAGGGGGCGGUGCUGUAUAAGGGUGGGUUUUGCAUAUUAUUGUAUCCUUGUGUCCACCGAUCCACCACAAUACGUUUGUUUUUCUUAUACAUGUUGAAAUAGAUUAAGUAAAGUGAGUUUGAUGGUUAGUUACUCCAUGACUAAACAGUAAAGAAUGAAACCAGACUUUGAAUUUUCCCCAUUUUCUCCAAUAUGGACCAUAUACACUAAGGAAAGUUUCCAGAAGUAUAUGGACACUUAAACAUUACACACAUAUGUGAGGAAAUCAGUAUUUUUUUUUUUUUUAUAUUUUUUUUUUGUUGAGAUUGCAUUAGUUGUUUGUGUGUGACCC